AUGGGCAUAAGCGCUGUGUUGGCAACAGCACUUCUUUCGGGAAACGAGACAGACACCCGAUGGUGUCUCACAGAAAUGGAACGCCUUAUCAGCUGGCGCGGUCUUACAAAACCUAGCAUCUCCCGCCGUGCCCGCCUUCUACAUAACAUCUACGCUUGGAUGCGCAUUGUCUCGGAGAGUCUCAACGUCUUUCAUGACGAAAACCACGCUAUCGAAACACCCUUUACCCGUUCGAACGCCAACGCCAGCAAGACAGCUGCUGUCCCCGUACAGUCUAUCAACCCGGACAUGACGCUGGACAACUUCCUCCAUCUCGAACCACGAAAGUUGCACGGCCAAAAGAUAAAACGCGACAUCAAAGACAUCCACAUCGCGGAUGCGUCACAGGACCACGAGAACAUGUACAUGCAGAUCUACAGCGUGCCCGAGACGUAG